AUGGGAUCACUCAACGGUAGGAUUCGUGCGGAGAUCGACCAAAUUCUCACCAAAGGUGGUGCCUGGAGGUCUCAGUGGUGCCAUCCUUCAGCAAUGUCAAAUCACCGCAUCCUUCGAGCGAAACGAAAAAAAAAAUUCUGUCACCUUGUCGGAGGAAGGGAAAAAGCCGUAUAUGACGGCGUCAGACUGGAGGUACUUCUGACCACUUGUGACGCCCAUCGAGGAGGAUCCAGCGAAGGACUAUGA